UACUAAGCGAACUCUCAGUGGAAACACGUUGACGAUCGAGGAUGGUAAUGGAGAUAAGUUGCAAACAGUAUUUAACAACAGAAGUCAGCUUAUCGGGUUUAGCGACGGGGGUGGUAAUGAAUACAGAAUAAAUCUUAACAGAAAUGGAAGUAUUCGAAGCAUAAUAUUCCCAGACGGAUCCAUCAAAACUUAUUUAUACUCUCAAAAUGGACACACAGUUAAAACACAAAAUAAUGGUGUCAAAACGUUUGUUUAUAACGAAAAAAAGCAAUUGACAAUGAAGGAUAUUGGUAACACGUCUGUCUGUGCAUACAAUUACGAUGAAAAUGGAAAUUUGUUACGUGCAGAGAAUGAAAAUGGGGAAAUUGAAUUUUCUUACACAAAGAAUAAUGUUAAAACUAUUUCAUAUUCUGAUGUUUCAAUUUAUUAUAGGUACAAUGAAAAAGGGAUUUUGUCAAAUCUUUCAACGAACAAAGAUUAUUUCGUUCAUUAUGACUAUAAUGAUCUUAACAAGCUUACGCGUGUUACGACUGAAGACGAUAAGGUAAUUCUCACAGCAGAAUAUAACUCAAUGGGCAAAAUUGUGAAGAAAUUACUAGGUAACAACAUUACAACCACUUAUAGCUAUGACUCUGUCACAGGUUUGCUUCGAAAUUUAACCAAUUAUUUCAAAAAUGGUUCAGUGGCAUCCUACUUCAUAUAUGACUACUCUCUUCAUCUCAGACGUGUAUCUGUGGAUACGCAUGAGGGGAAAUGGAAGUUCAGGUAUGAUCGCGCUGGACAAAUUGUUUCUAUGACUGAGCCAAAAGGUUCAGUAACCAAAUACAUCUACGACAAUAGGAAGAAUAGAAAAAUGGUGACAGUAAACGGAUUUGACUACGAAACUGAAGUAAACAGUAUGAACCAAUACAGAAAGUAUAGAAAUAGAACGUACUCGUACGAUAAAAAUGGUAACAUGAAUUUUCGAGACGGUUCGAAUCCGGAGUACUUUUCAUUUGAUGAAGAUAAUAAACUGUCAUCGUAUAAGUCUAAAUCAAUGAAAUGCAUUUUCAAAUAUGACUCACUUGAAAAUUUAUACGCCAAAACAUGUAGUAAUACUACAACACGAUACAUCAUAAAUCCUAGAGGAAACCAUGGAUCUGAUAUUAUUGAACAGAUAAUCAACGACAAUGGCAAACAAUCUAGAGUUCGGUUUUAUCAUGGUGGAGAUGGCAUUGGCCUUAUUGCUGCUCAGUAUGACAACGGAAGUAUUGUUUACUUCACGUACGACCCAACUGGGACUGUUCAAGAAAUAUUGAAUGAGGAUGGAGAUUUACUCAACAAUUACUUCACUGAUCCGUUUGGUCAAGAAAUCGCUUCAAAAAGGAAGAUCAAAUCAAUGUUUACUUUUGUUGGACAAUGGGGUGUGGUCGCUUUUGAAGAGAUUCCAGAUACAUAUUUUAUGCGCUCUAGGGUGUACGACAGCUAUACAGGAAGAUUUUUUAGCACUGACGCAUAUGGGCUAAAGGCUCACAGCAAAAACCUGUAUGCUUAUUGUUCAAAUAAUCCUGUGCACUUUAAUGAUCCAAAAGGAGAUUUUCUGCAAAUAUUAGGUGGUGCUGCAGUUGGAUCAGCCGUUGGUGCAUUUGAUUAUACAUUAAGUACACCAAAAGAUGAGUUUUCUUGGGGAGACGCAACGGGAGCAGCUGUUGCAGGAGGGAUAGCGGGAGGAAUUUCGGCAAGUGGGUUAGGUGUCGUAGCUGGAGUGACUUUCAAAGUUGCUGCUGACUUAGGUGGCGAAAGGUUAAGGAGAUUGAUAGACCACCAACCUUACACUUUCAAAGACAUGAGUGGGGACUUUAUGAAAUACUCAAUAGGACAGGCUGAAAACAAGAUAUUCGGUUUACCUGGCAAAAUACUUAAAAGAAUAUUUCAGGUUUAUUAUCGGUACGAAGAAUACAUAAACGGCAUCCAGCCGGAAAUAUGUAGGAUUCCUAAGAAAUGGUUACAAGGACUUGAGAAAAGCUUUGUUGAAUGGGUUGUAUCAAGGGAUCCGAAUGAUAUUCUAGGACCCACUGGAUUUGGAGCAGCAAGGUUUAUAAACAAAGAAUCAAGACUGACAUACAAAAUAAGAUUUGAAAAUGAUGAAAAUGCAACAGCUCCAGCUCAAAGAGUUUACAUCGAGCAUAAGUAUAAUGAAAACUUAGAUCCGAGGACAUUUCGACUGGAAGAUGUUGUUUUCGGAAAUUAUAAAAAACAGGUUAACAGCAAGAUUUUGCAGGAUAAAAUAGAUCUUACGAGCGAGCAUGGAAUUGUGCUACGGGCAUUUUCGGGCCUUGAUUUAGUGAAACAGACAGUAGUUUGGGAAUUCCAGUCACUUGAUCCACAAACAGGUGAGGCACCAGUAGAUCCAGGUAUAGGAUUCCUUCCGCCAAACAAUGGGACAUCUGGGCAAGGUUAUGUGACAUUCUCUAUUCAGCCACACGAAGAUGUUGAGCAUUUAUCUACAAUACACGCCAAUGCUUCUAUAUACUUUGAUGAAAAUGAUCCCAUUGAUACACCAAAUAUAUUUAACACGAUUGACGUCAUGCCACCUGCUGUGAACGGAUCAGUUUUAACGGAGACCGAAUCACAAGAUUCUGUGACGUUAUCGUUCGACACCAUAGACUGGGGAGCAGGAGUGAAAUAUGUUGAUUUGUUUCAGUAUCAAGAUAACUGUUUUUCCAUGUUUAAACCCGGACUAACGGAAGAUAUCUAUGUCAUGCCCCUCCGCCCUGGUGAAUCAUACAUAUUAGCGGCAGUUGGCACCGACCAUGUUGGCAACCGAAUAAAAAUUCAGAACAUUGGACCAGAAAACAUGAUGAAUGUUACUUCUAAAAAAUUAAUGGCCGACUGUCUUUGUUCCGGUAAUGGCAACUGCAGUUCUGGAACAAAUGUUUGUAUUUGUUUUGAUGGAUUUUACGGACCAAACUGCAAUUCUAGUGUACCGCCACCGGAACCACCAGUUUUAGAACUUACAUCAACAGAUGUUGGAUAUGUUAAUGUGCCCAUUGAAUUAACCAUUUCUGCAAGAAAUCUGUCUGGAUCGCUAGAAGAGAUAGAAAUAUUCAUCACGGGAUUCCAGAACGACACAGUAUUUUCUAAAGGAAUUCUACUAGCAAGUGGCGAGCUUCAUUUAACAUACAAAGAUUUCGGACGGCUCGAUAUGACCACACAAAUAUUUGGAAAUUUAAAUCUAAAUAUAACUGUUGUUCAGACAUCUACAGACUGGAGCUUUACCAGAUCGGGUAUAAUGAGUAUCAAGGUGUAUAAAAAUCCCACGACAGUAGACAUUCAGCUUCAAGGCUGCUUUUUCGAAUAUAAUGAUACUUUUGCUGCUUUGUUGAACUCGUCUGUUGUAUUCGAGGACAGAAAUGAAACUGGGCCAGAUAAUAGUUCACACAUUGCACCUCAUUCUGUACUAUUAAACCUACCUCCAGGGGUAGAUCCACUAACGGAAGAAAAACUCGGAGAGAAUAUGGCAUACAAAAUUGAUGAUAUGCUUGUCAACAGUGUUCUUCUUGUACACACAUCACCAGAACCAUUUACACUAUCAGUUGACGUUCAUAUAGACCAAAGUGGUUUUCCAUUGCCUACAUAUUCACGGAAACUAGAGAUAACACAGUUCUGUGUCGAAGAAUGCGAUCCAGAUAAGUAUGGAAUGAGCUGCGACAGAAGCUGCGAUUGUAACUUGCAAAAUACGGUGCAAUGUGAUAGGUUUGAUGGAACAUGCAACUGCGUUUCGGGAUGGCAAGGGCUUACUUGCAAUGAUUCAGUGUGCUCCUGCAUAUCUAACCAUACAGAGAGUUGUGAUCCAGAGACCAGAAUGUGCUUAUGCAACCGCCAUUGGUCUGGCAACAGUUGUGAAGUGGAUGUUAAUGAAUGCAGCAAUACUUCUCUUUGUGGCAAUUAUCCUUACACAACCUGUGUGAAUAAGGAAUGGGGAUAUGAUUGUCUCUGUGAUGCUGGAUAUAAACUUGAAAAUGACACAUGUGUUGAAUGCGGUCCAGAUAAGUAUGGAAUGAACUGCGAAGGAACAUGCCGUUGUAAUUUGCAAAAUACUGUGCAGUGUAAUAGGUUUAAUGGAACAUGCGAUUGCGCUUUAGGAUGGCAAGGGCUUACUUGCGAUGAUUCAGUAUGCUCCUGCAUAUCUAACCAUACAGAAAGGUGUGAUCCAGAGACCAAAAUGUGCUUUUGCAACCGCCAUUGGUCUGGCAACAAUUGCGAAAUUGAUGUAAAUGAAUGUGGCAAUACUUCUAUUUGUGGCAAUUAUCCACACACAUCCUGUGUCAAUAAGGAAUGGGGAUAUGAUUGUCUCUGUGAAGCUGGAUAUAAACUUGAAAAUGAUAAUUGUGUUGAAUGUGGAAAUACAAAAUAUGGGUUAAACUGCGAUCAAACAUGUCACUGCAAUUGGAACCACACAAGACAUUGUGACAAGAUCACCGGAUUGUGUGUGUGUGAAGCAGAGUGGAAAGGGCUUACUUGCAAUGAGUCAGCGUGUCCUUGCAUUGCAAAUAAUACGGUUAAGUGUGAACCUGAAUCUGAAUCAUGUCUAUGUCAAAAAGAGUGGACAGGCGGCAGAGGUGAGACAGAUGUUGAUGAAUGUCAAAACAAAUCUGUAUGUGCCAACAUUCCGCACACUGUUUGUGUGAAUAGAGACUGGGGAUAUAACUGUGUUUGCAGUGCUGGAUAUCAAUCUGAGAAUGGGAGUUGCGUUGGUAAGUUGUUUUUUUUUUAUCACAUCUUAUAUAAAGGAACCAAUAUGAACUAAACUUAAAAUGUCAACCUAGAAAUAUCGUCUAGU